AUGCGGGUCUUCAAGCCCACAGCAGCGAGCCAGAUGGCCUACCACCGUGGCCUGGGGCUGCUGUCUAACGUCGCUGCUACGGGCAGAUCAGUCGGUUGUCAUCGCAUUCUGACACCAAGAGCAUCGAUCGCAAAGCAAUCCAACCGUAUUUAUGGCCUGCGCUCCUUGCACACGUCCUUACCUCGUCGGGAAGUAGCUCAAACCACGGAUGCUGAAGCAAAGAAAGAUCCUGGUACCCCUUACUCUUCUUUGGUCGUCGGUGUGCCACGAGAAAUAUAUCCCAACGAACGACGAGUCUCGUUAACCCCGCAGAAUGUGGCGCUUCUUCGAAAGAAGGGUUUCGAGAAGGUAUUCAUCGAAAGUAAUGCUGGCGCACAAGCACAGUUCUUGGACGAAGACUACACUGCAGCAGGCGCAACUAUCGUGUCUCGAGAAGAGCUAUAUACCAACACUGAUAUUAUGCUUAAAGUUCGACCUCCAGUAAACGAAGAAGAGGCCACACAAGUCAAACAAAACAGCACCAUCAUCUCUUUCUUAUACCCGGCCCAGAAUAAAUCUAUUGUACAGGCAUUGGCAUCGCGUAAAGUUAACGCGUUUGCCAUGGACAUGAUUCCUCGUAUUUCUCGUGCACAGACUUUUGACGCGUUGAGUUCAAUGGCCAACAUCGCUGGUUAUAAAGCUGUUCUAGAAGCAUCAAAUCACUUUGGCAGAUUCCUUACAGGUCAGAUACCUCCAGGAAAGGUUCUUGUUAUUGGCGCUGGUGUUGCAGGUCUUAGCGCAAUUGCCACUGCCCGUCGAAUGGGUGCUAUCGUGCGUGGAUUCGAUACAAGAUCCGCAGCUCGUGAGCAGGUCCAGUCGCUUGGUGCAGAGUUCCUCGAAGUAUCUAUUCAAGAAGAGGGAGGAGGCGCCGGUGGCUAUGCUCGCGAAAUGUCCAAGGAAUUUAUCGAUGCGGAAAUGGCACUUUUCAUGGAACAAUGCAAGGAUGUGGACAUCGUCAUUACCACGGCUCUUAUUCCGGGUAGACCAGCGCCUAAAUUGAUUAAACACGAGAUGAUUUCUGCUAUGAAGCAAGGAUCGGUCGUCGUUGAUUUGGCUGCUGAAGCCGGUGGAAAUUGCGAAGCUACAAUUCCAGGAGAGCUGGUGGUUGAUCGCGGUGUUACAGUCAUUGGUUAUACUGACCUUCCUUCAAGGCUUCCUACCCAGUCAUCUACGCUUUACUCCAACAACAUUACGAAGUUCCUAUUGUCUAUGGGAGAGGAUAAACAUUUCUCCAUAAACUUGACUGAUGAAGUAGUUCGUGGAUCUAUCGUUGUUCAUAAUGGCGACCUUUUGCCACCUGCACCGCGUCCAGCUCCUCCUCCGACCAUGACACCAACAACGCCGGCCAAACUGGAAGAGGCAGCAGCCGUUGUUGCGAUAACGCCAUGGCAAAAGGCCUCACGUGAAGUGGCUACCGUUACCGCUAGCAUGGGAUCAGUCAUCGCGCUUGGAAAGUUGACUGGUACAGCAUUCAUGGCGAACUUUUUCACUUUCGGCCUUGCUGGAUUGGUAGGCUAUCGCGUCGUAUGGGGCGUAGCACCUGCUUUGCACUCCCCAUUGAUGUCUGUCACCAAUGCUAUUUCAGGCAUGGUUGGAAUCGGUGGUCUGUUUGUCAUGGGAGGAGGGUAUUUUCCAGGAACUGUCCCUCAGGUUUUAGGUGCUCUGUCUGUAUUGCUAGCAAGUGUAAACGUAGCAGGAGGUUUUGUCAUCACAAAGCGAAUGCUAGACAUGUUCAAGAGACCCACUGACCCUCCCGAGUACUCCUGGCUUUAUGCGGUGCCCGCUGUUGUGUUCACAGGGGGUUUCUUGGCCGCCGCAAGUACAGGCAUGGCAGGCCUCGUGCAAGCAGGAUACCUGACAAGCAGUAUACUAUGUAUAGGGUCUCUCUCGGGUCUUGCCUCGCAGACAACUGCUCGUCAGGGUAAUGCAUUGGGAAUAUUGGGUGUUGGAUCUGGUAUUCUUGCUUCAUUGGCAGCUGUAGGCUUUCCUCCUGCUGUUCUGGUACAAUUUGCGGGUGUCUCGGCAGUCGGGGCCACAAUUGGUUCCAUCAUUGGGAGGCGAAUUACUGCUACGGAACUUCCGCAGAUGGUAGCUGCUCUUCAUUCCGUUGUCGGUUUAGCGGCGGUCUUUACUAGUAUCGGGAGUGUCAUUGCUGAUCCUUCACACAUUUCUACACUGCACAUGGUGACUGCAUAUUUGGGAGUCUUAAUCGGUGGAAUUACGUUUACCGGUUCUAUCGUCGCCUUUCUGAAAUUGGCCGGACGUAUGUCAUCAAAACCCUUGAUGAUGCCUGGGCGACAUUUGAUCAACGGUUCAUUGCUGGGGGCAAAUGUGCUUACUAUGGCCGGAUUUGUUGCUGCCGCCCCGACUGUACCGCUCGUCGCAGCAGGCUAUCUAGGUGCAAACGCGAUCUUGAGUUUCAUUAAGGGAUUUACUACCACGGCUGCUAUAGGAGGAGCAGACAUGCCCGUCGUCAUUACUGUUCUAAACGCAUAUUCUGGAUUCGCUCUUGUGGCGGAAGGAUUCAUGCUCGAUAAUCCUCUUCUUACCACAGUAGGGUCGCUGAUUGGUGUCAGUGGCUCGAUUCUGUCAUACAUUAUGUGUGUUGCCAUGAAUAGGUCACUAACGAAUGUCCUAUUUGGGGGUAUCGGCACGGUAGCUCCCUCGGAGACCCGCGAGAUGGAAGGGGCAAUCACAAAGACGACUGUGGAUGACACUGUAGAAGCACUUAACAAUGCCGACAAUGUGAUAUUGGUUGUGGGAUAUGGCAUGGCUGUAGCGAAGGCUCAAUAUGCUAUUUCAGAAAUAUGCACCAUGCUCAAGGCAAAAGGCAUCAACGUCCGAUUCGCAAUACACCCUGUCGCCGGACGCAUGCCAGGUCAAUGUAACGUACUACUCGCAGAGGCGUCCGUCCCAUACGAUAUCGUUCUGGAGAUGGACGAGAUCAACGAUGACUUCAAGGAUACUGAUGUUACGCUUGUGAUUGGUGCGAAUGACACAGUUAAUCCCAUCGCAUUGGAACCUGGAUCUCCCAUCGCUGGCAUGCCGGUCUUGCAGGCGUGGAAGAGUAAACAAGUGAUUGUGAUGAAGCGAGGAAUGGCUAGUGGAUACGCGGAUGUGCCCAACCCCAUGUUUUAUAUGCCGGGCACCAAGAUGCUGUUUGGUGAUGCGAAAGAUAGUUGCGAUGCUAUCAAGAGAGGUUUGGAAGCUAGGGGAUGAACCUCUGCCCGGAGGUGUAUAUAUGUGUAAACUGAUCGAGGGACUUUGUAAUCACAUAGGCCACAGUAAAUAUUGUAAUAUAUCACGCUGCAUAUCGUGACUACGCCGAAAGUACAAUUAGAGGAUUGUGGGCGAAUAGGAGAUCAUGCUUUCUGUAUUAUGAAAGUUCAAAUGGAGGGGAGUAAAUAUGGGCGAAGAGAGGUCCACAAACUGAUCAAUAAUCGUCCAGGGUCUGUAAGGCAGGUAGGUGUGAGAAGAAAGACUGGAAGCUGAACAAGUCGGAAAUGUCUGGUGCUAAGCACAAGGGUAAAAUUCCAGGGAACCCCACAAACGACAACAGUCCGGUAAGGCCGAGACUAGAUGGUAUCCCGUAAGUUACUGGAAAAGUCCAUACAUCACAAAGGGUAGGUCCAUCAGGCCACAAUGUCGAUCGUAACAAAUCGGUAUUCGAUGUGCUAGCAUCAAUUCUUGUUUGCGCUACCGAGUGCUUGCCAGACGGGGUUUGUGCUGCGCCCUGGCUGGUUAUAAAGCCAAGUAGCGAUCAACACGACAACGGACCCCAGGAUGAACGUGAAUGUGAUUUGGAAAUCGAAAAGCGCAACAGACGCUAGGAAUGAAAUGACGAUACUAAGACUCGUUGCGAAGCCCUUGAGGAUAUUAUCCGAAUACUUGAUGACCAUGGCAGUCACCAAACCACCGAAUACUUGUAUAGCCACCGUAGCCCAAGCCCAAGCACCGAAAUUGACGAAAAGUGAGCCUAGGAUUCCAGAGGUGGAAGAACUUGAUAGUACGAUGGGAACUAGGGCAGGGAGCAAAGAGAAGGCAGAUAGUUGGACGUUGCGUAUCCAGAGGUCGGCUUGAGAGUUCUUUAGGACCAUCUCAAAGUAAACCCCUGCAAGACCCGAAGUAAAGCAUGCGGCCAUUACGGCCAUAAAGCCUUUAAGGGCAUUCAUAGAGUUCCCGUGGAACAAUAAUGAAGACGAUGCGUUCGCUAUAUCACCUCCUGUGGUCUGUAUUUGCACGAUACCGACUCCAAUAGCAAGGAAGAAAAGAGCAAGCCAUUGACUGGCGCUGAGCUGCUUGCGUAGGAGGAGCACAGAGAAGGCGGCAGUUGUAAGGAUUUUCAUUUGAUAGCUGACUUGAAACGUCGCUGCUUCUAAAUUUGUGGCUGCAAUAUACUGAAGAUUAUUUUGAAUGACGUAUAGAAUUGCGGGUAUGGACAGUUUCCAACAAUCGGCGCUAAACACUUCACGACCUAGUCUGCGGAAUCGUAGGAGCACCUUGACGGGAUGCCAGAAGCGUACGUUGGUGAGGCUGGGCUGUGGUGCAUCCGAAGUAUGCGAUGUUGCGCGGUCUAUGCGGGUAAAAGCGAUAGCAAGGGAUAUCGAUCCUUUCAGUACUUCAUUUAAAAGGACUGCCGUAGGUGCUGAAUAGGAUUCAGACGGGGGUAUGGAGACGCGGGAAUAGUGCAUUAUGAGCGUUAAAAGAGAGUUCUGGACAGCCAAUGUCACAAGAGAGAUGUAUUUGAGUUGAAUACCGCAUAACGAGGGGGGAGGAGGAGUAUCUGCUGGCAGCAGGCCUAGUUCCUCGUAUUCGAUGUCGCUAUCGCUGGUUGAUUUUGCGGUGAGGGCCAUGUCGUCGACGCAGUUGACGAUGAGCAGAGGGUGGGGGUAUAAGAGAACGUGAGGGGUAUCCUGCUCGUAUAACAACCAGUUGACAGGCCUAAACUGUAUAGCCUGCGAGAAAACAAUCCGCAGCUCUCUCUCUGCCCCACCAGUGUUCUUUUGACCAUUCCCACGCCUUCCAUAUUAAGAAAUCUACAAAAACAGUCUAUAGCUCCACUGGCCUCCGAGCAACAGAAACACAUCAGGUUUGUUUCAGUACAAGCGCGCGCCCGAUAGCACUUUCUUAUGAGAAUACAUGUAUGACUGCGUGCAUUAUACUCCGAUAAGCCUCAUUGUUUCGGUGACGAGGCGGCGUGUCAGCCUCUAACCAGGAGUGCCAUUAUCUCUGCGUCGUAUAUUUAGGAACGGUGAUCAUGAUGUGGUCGGUAUCCUUCUUCGGCAUAUGAAUUUCAAUAAACACCUCAUUUCAAGGCAAGAUGACGGGCAUAUCAAUACAAUGUCCACAAACCUAAUUAAUCAUCGUCUUCUGAAGCCCCAUUGAGUCCGCUUAGCAGAGACCGUCACCAAGCUUCACAUCUCUAUCCACCUCCUGAUUUGUGGAGACUUGAAGACGACGUUGCUCCACCAGCACAGCGACCGUCAUCAGCUUGCCGUCAGACUCGAUAAUUCGGGAUGGAAGUGCGGAAAUAAUUCCUAGAGUAUGACAGACGGAUCAUAUGCAUAGGGGAAAGCACAUCGGGACGAACAGAUAAAAAAUGGAGGGGAUGGCAUGUCGAUUAGCGGUUUUCAACUAAAGAUUUACUUCUGCGUGGUGGCCAUGCUCUCAUUCGUCAAGAAAACAUUACCAAGACCAUGUCGUUUCUUCGCCGUGCUUAGCUCCCUAACAUUUGGAAACGAUCCGCGUACCAAGGCCUCAAGCUUGGGCCAAAUCUCGUCCGAGGUUUCACCUCGCAAUGAAACAAGGCGUGUGGCGGAGGAGCUCCCAUAAUACGAAAGUAGUGGAGAAGUAUUCACGUAAAAUUGUGUCAGUCUACGUGCAAACACAUC